AAAGAGGAAAGAAUUAUAAUUACAGAAUUAAUUCCAAAGAUAACUUUAGAUGUUAUUGGUAAUGUUGGAUCUGAAUUAGCUCGAGCAUACGAAUCAAGAGUUGGUCAAGGUUAUUCGCCUUUAUACACAACUCUUGUUAAGUUAUUUCCGUUUAUCAGAAGAUUGCCAACCCCUUUUAACAAAAAAUAUUUUAAUUCUGUUAAAAUUGUCAAUAAUAUUUCUGAGAAAAUAGUUGCUGAUCAAAAAAACAGCCCUAUUAUAGGAAAAAAUUUAUUGUCAUUGGUAAUAAAAGCAAAUGAUAACUUGCCAGUUAAUGAGCAAUUAACACAUAAAGAAUUAUUUAGUCAUACCAUUAGUAAUGCAAUAACUCGGGCAAUAUACUUUCUCGCAAAAUAUCCUGAUACUCAGGAUCGUCUUCGUAAAGAAGUGUCUGAUAUAUUAACUGAUCGUAAUUAUUUUCCAACUGUUGAUGAGAUUGAACAUUUGAAAUAUUUAGAGUGUGUUUUUAAAGAAACUAUAAGGCUCAUUGCACCUGUACCUAUAAUCCGUCGUUAUACUUCAAAAGAUGAAAUAAUGAAUGGUUACUUUGUUCCGAAGGAUACUCCAUUAUGGAUUCCUAUCUACGCAAUACACCAUGAUCCCUUAAUUUGGGGUGAUGAUGUUGAAGUUUUUAACCCAUCCCGGUGGCUUGAUCCGGAAAUAAAUUCAAAAAUAACACGUUAUAAUUCCAUACCUUUUGGUGCUGGUCCAAGAUUUUGUUUAGGGUCGAAAUUGGCUUAUUUGGAAUUUAAAUCUAUCAUAUCUGUGAUUAUUAGAAAUUUUGAGUUUAGAUCAGUUGAAGGUUAUACUUAUGAAACGAAAAUUGGUGAUGCUUUAUCUAAACCUACUUCUGGUAUUGAUUUAUGGGUUUCAAAU